CUUGCACAUGCUGUGAGCAGGGCACACCAUAAGGACCAUUCUCUCUCUGCAAAAUGGAUAUCUUUAGGAGAGUUACCUGGACCCUAUAAUGCUCAUUGCGGAAGCACAGCAACAGGCCCAGCUGGCUGGCCUCCAUGGCUUAAAGGAGAAUGUGCAGCAGCUCCUGGACCUCCAGAACAGCACCCUCACCAUCAUCAAGGACAGCUUGCAAGCUGCCAGCAGCAUGUUCAGCCGCCGGCACCGAAAGCAGCGCCACCUCCUAGAGACCCUGCAAGAGCUCAUUUAUCUAGUGGACCAGGGCCCAGGUGCCGCUCCGCUGGGGUUCCAGGACUGUGAGGAUAUCCGCAGGUCUGGGCUCAAAGAUGAUGGCAUCUACACCAUCCUGGUUCCCAAUGUGACAGAGCCCAAGAGGGUGUUCUGUGUGAUGGACACCGAUGGAGGAGCCUGGACGGUUAUCCAGCGCCGUGAGAAUGGCACAGUGAAUUUCCAGCGGAACUGGCAGGACUACAAGCAGGGAUUUGGAGACCCAGCUGAGGAGCACUGGCUGGGGAACGAGGUGGUGCACCAGCUCAGCAGCAGCAAAAACUACUCUCUGCGCAUGGAGGUGGAAGACUGGGAUGGCAACAUGUUCUACGCCAACUUUGAGCGUUUCCAGCUGGGCAGUGAGGAGCAGUUUUACAGGAUUUUUCUAGACAAGCACAGUGGUGCAGCACUGCAUGGGCAGCACCGGAUCCUGGGAAGCAAUAACUUCAGCACCCACGACGCAGACCAUGACAACUGCGGCUGCAACUGUGCAAAGGCACUGACUGGAGGGUGGUGGUUUGACACGUGUGGUGCCUCCAACCUCAAUGGCCUCUACUACCCAGCUGGAGAGCACUUGCACAAGGUUGAUGGCAUCCGCUGGCACCACUCCUUCGAGGCUCCCACAUAUUCACUCCGCUCAUCCCGCAUGAUGAUCCGGCCCUUGCCCAACUGGUGAGCACAGUGUGGAGGCCACUCAGUGUUGUCUAUUAGCACAGUAAGAGCAGCAAUAGCAUCUGCAUCACACAGGUUCCUGAAGGUCAGGCAGACUGUGGGUGUGACCACCCCCAAGACUCUAGGUUCUCAAUUCAUGCUGAGAAUGGCCCUGUGUCAGAGGACAGUAGUUUCCUACUGCAUAAAAUAUUCAAGUCUGAUGUUACACAUGGCCCUGACUCUCUGUGAA